GCGCCUUUGUUAUACAAGUGCAAAUUUGGCAUUGAUAGAUAAUCACUAGUGAAAAUGGGUCAGGCUCAGAGCGGGAUUAGCAAGGAAGCCAUCGCCGAGAUGGCCAAGGCAAAGACGGCGUACUUGCCCCCUCUUGGGCCCCCCAACCCGGCCAACCCCCUGGUGUAUUUCGACAUCAAGCUGGGCCGUUCCGCAGACGCCACACCCCUUGGGCGCAUCGUCAUGGAGCUCAAGGCGGAUGUGACGCCCAAGACGGCGGAGAACUUCCGUCAGCUGUGCCUGCGCGAGCCCGGCAAGGGCUUCAAGGCCUCCCGCUUCCACCGCGUCAUCCCCGGCUUCAUGUGCCAGGGCGGCGACUUCACGCGCGACAACGGCACCGGCGGCGUCAGCAUCUACGGAGCCAGGUUCCCGGAUGAGAACUUCCGGCUGGCCCACACCGGCGCCGGCGUGCUGUCCAUGGCCAACGCGGGGCCCAACACCAACGGCUCGCAGUUCUUCCUGUGCACCGCGCAGACGCCCUGGCUCAACGGAAAGCACGUGGUGUUCGGACAGGUGGUUGAGGGGUACGAGGUUGUGAAGGCGGUGGAGGCGUGCGGCAGCCGCAGCGGCGCCACCGCCUUCGAUGUCAUGGUGGCGGAGUGCGGCGAGCUCAAGCCGGGUGCUACCGCUGCGGCUGCGGCGGGGCAGCAGCAGGCGGCCGCCACCUCCGCGGCUGCGGCCGGCAGCGGCGGGGCGCUGGGAGCCACCGUGCGCAGCUUCGCGUCCAUGUCGCGCGCGGCGGCGGCGGCGCGGGCCUUCAGCGGCGGCGCGUACUGCAGGCCCGCCGUGUGCCCGCAGCGCCUGACCACCCCCCUGGCGGUCCCGGCGGCCCCCCUGCGGGCUGUGCUCCGGCAGCAUGCUGGGCUGGCGCGAUCCGCGCUGCAAACCGCUCGCGCUCUGGCGAUGUGAGGGUGCGCGUACUGGUGACGUGAGGAUGCGGGCCCCGCCCUGGUGUUGUGGUGUUUAACAGUUAAAGCAUGGAGGAUGUGACGGCAAACGUUGCUGUUGACGUGGAAUUGUCAAGGUGUCCUAAAGGUGUAGGGAUUGGACGGGUUUAUUCAUUCAUUGUAACCUGUACAUGGGACA